AUGCUAGCUGUGCCUACGCCCUCACCGACUAAGUUCUACCGAUCUCUGUACGACGUGGACCGCACCAAGCCGUCACCCUUUGCAUGGAAGCCCAGCGCCAAGCACCUUCGCCGCUAUGAGCGGAGGAUGGGAUUGGUCGAAUCCUUUUUCAAUACCAUGGCAACACUUCACGAGGGAAGGACCGAUAUUUUCUACCGCACCCCUCUCAGCUGCCCAGCACAUGCUUAUGGACAGCUUGUCCGACGUCUGCCACUGGUCUGGGCUCUGCUUUGCCGAAGACACCCCUUGCUUGGAGCUUACGUCGAGACUUUGACGCCCGAUGGCAGUCUCCUCGAUCCACAGGAAGCGGCGUCAAAACGACAUGCAGGAGAAGCAGCAGAGGACGGCUCAAGCUCGUUCGAGCCUCAUUUUCUGUUCGAUCUGCCCGAUUCUGCAUCGGAUCUGCUGGAGAAUGCUUCAAGGCGCUUGAUCUGGCUGUCUAACGAAUGGGCUGAAGACGAAGAGCUCGUUACGAGUCACACUUCCACUUCUGCUGGUCCAACUCGCAGUGAUGCAGUCGUUGCCUGGUUAGACCGCUACGUGUGGAACGGCGAACGACGCUUCCUUCGACAGGAUAAGCCCUUCGGCCUAGCAAGAUUGAUCGUCGUCCCUCCUUCAGUCUCAAGUAGCUUGGACGACCGAGCCAGCUUGGAUCUCAUCUUGUGUACAGCCCAUUGUAUCUCCGAUGGACUCAGCAUCUCCAGUCUUGCCGGCGAGCUUCUACAGAUCCUCACCUCUCCUCAGCUUCCUGUAGAGUUUCCAGCGCUCGCAUUCGAGAAUGACGCAGCGAUAGUUGUACCAGGAGCGUCAUGCGCACAGUACAAGACCGUCACACCAGCCUUGAAGCAGGCACUGCUCACUGGACUCUUCGACACUCAGCGACCGAGUGGGUCAUUCGAUGUGCAGAGCGAGAACGAUGCGAUGGACCACGCUCACUUCUUAUCGCUCUUGCCAGCUUCGAUAGAAGCUACAUACCCCGAACUUCUCCCCUUAGCUUCUCAAGCAGCAAAAGCAGAGGACAGCCUGUCUCCAUCUCGAUUGGCAAAAUUGCGGUGGUUCUGGACGAUUCGCCGUGUCAUUUGUCAGAUUCGUGCGGCCAAAGCCGAGCAAGCAGUCCUGUCAGACUUCAAGGCGAAUCGUGAUGAUAAGUCUGUGAAAGAACCUUGGUGGGGAGCGCAAACGAGGUGGUCAGUUGUACGCCUGUCGAAAGAAGAGACGUCAGCAUUGACGCAGGUGGCUAAACGCAGAGGCGUGAGAGUCGGUUCGCUUCUUUACGCCGUUGCGGCUUGUGCCCUCAAUACACUCGAAAACCAGUAUGCUGCACCAGGCAGUCGCGAUCCAGAACCGAACAGCACAAUCAUGGGCUUCCCCUUCUCGGUGCGUAGGUUUCUCGACGCUGUUGCGCCUGCCGACGUCUUGCAGCCAACAGGAGCGCAGGACCCGUUGAUGCCGCCUUCGAGUCUUGGCGUCAGGUUGAGUUUCAACGGCGUUGGCCUUCCACCUGCGAAGCUCUUUUCGCUGGAACCAGAGCAAGCGAGCGGGGGCAAGGCUCUGACGGCUUUUCAAGUAGCACAGCUUUGGCAGACAGCAAGACAAGUACAAAGGCAGUUCGACAGCAUCUUCGCUGAGCCACGCUUCAUGCACGCUGAUGGAUUUCUCAUGGGACUGGAGCGUGAGAUGCGCUUCCGCAAGAACGGUGUCAAGGAUGUCUUUCAAGUGUUUAAAAAUGACGAGGAAGAGCAGAAAGAGCCAGAAGGCGUUGCAGGCGAAGACGAACGCAAACCAGGGUUGACCAAGAAGAACAUGCAGGGUCCAGGCUCGUCUCUCAACUUCAGCAUGGUCGGUCUUCUCGACCCUGUGCUUCCAUCUGAACUCGAUUUGCCCUUGGCAAGCGCACAAGGAAGUGAAGGAAAGCUGGAGGUGAAGGAGGACCUCUUGUUCGGCGUGCGUACACGAGCAGGCGAGGCCUUUGGCACUUCUUUCACUUUCCGCGGUCAGCUCAAUCUCGAGCUUGGACACGAUACUGUUGUUUGGGAAACAGACAAGGUGCUUCAGUAUCUUGAGCUGAUGAAACACAUCGUCCAGGCCAUCGUUGCUUUUGAGCAGCGUCGUUGA